AUGACGACAAUAGUCCUCCCGUCGAACAUUACAAUCUCUGAGGUGAAAGAACCCACUGAGGAGAUGAUCGACCAGGCGGUCAAGCUCACGAACGCGCUCCAGGUGGGAGACCCGUCGUGCAAGGCGUGGACGGGCGGAAACCUCGAGCUGCUGCCGCUGCUCAUGCACGCGAUCAUCAAAGCGACGUGGUUGUGGGAGGGCGCGGGCAUAACGUACGUCGCGACGGACGAGAACGGCGUUCUCGUCGGGUUCUCGCAGUGGCUCCCGUUGGGGCAAGACCUUUUCGGCUCAGAAGACCGGAGGCAGUUCGGCUUCGACGAGUUCAUGGAGAAGAUGUCGGAUGAAGCGAAGAAGUACUUCGCAGAAUCGCUUGGACGCGAGUUUCCAAAAUACCUCGACGAGGCUUUCGGCAUCCCGCAGUCCCAAACCAAGGUGCACUUCUGCAACCUCGUGAUGGUACAGCCCGAGUACCAAGGUAAAGGCAUCGCGUCGGCAAUGUUCAAAAUGGCGUACGAGGAGGCGAAGCAGAUGGGGGCAGUCGUAGCGCUGUCCACGGGUAACGAGCACAACAUCGUCGUAUACGAACACAUAGGGUUGACGGUGAAGGGUCACCAGGUGUUCCAGUCGCCCUGGGGCGAGUGGCCGAGCUGGGCGUUUGCAUGGGAGACAAAUCCAAAAGAGCCGUGA